GGUCUGGACGGGCGAUGACAGGGUUUUCUUCUUCAACCCCACGAUGCAACUCUCCGUCUGGGAGAAGCCGAUGGACCUGAAGAAUCGUGGAGACCUCAACAGGAUCAUUGAAGACCCGCCCCACAAACGCAAGCUGGAGGCCUCAGCAACCGACAGCAGCGACGGGUCCAGUUCUGAGGAUGGCAGGGAAGACCAGAGCCUGAAAACCAAGAGGAACCGGACUGAAGGCCAUGGGAGUCCAGGUCUGGAAGAGGCGGAGAGAGAGGACAAAGGCACCAGGACGCCACCCCCGCAGAUCCUCCUGCCCCUGGAGGAGCGCGUGACCCAUUUCCGAGACAUGCUCCUGGAGCGAGGGGUGUCAGCAUUUUCUACGUGGGAGAAAGAACUACAUAAAAUUGUGUUUGACCCACGCUAUCUGCUACUAAACUCUGAGGAACGAAAACAGAUAUUUGAGCAGUUCGUCAAGACAAGAAUAAAAGAAGAAUACAAGGAAAAGAAAAGUAAACUGCUGCUAGCCAAAGAAGAAUUCAAAAAGCUUCUAGAGGAAUCUAAAGUGUCACCCAGGACCACGUUUAAGGAGUUUGCUGAGAAAUAUGGCCGGGAUCAGAGGUUUCGACUUGUUCAAAAAAGGAAGGACCAGGAGCACUUUUUCAACCAAUUCAUACUUAUUCUUAAGAAGCGGGACAAGGAGAACAGACUAAGGCUCCGGAGGAUGAGAUGAGUUUGUGCAAAGGCAGCACGGGGCGUGAGUCAGCCGGGCGAGCCGCCGCGCGUGACCAGG